UUUAGAUCAUUUUCGUUCCUUAUUUUGCGGUAAGAGAAACUGAAGAAUAACAGCGAAUAUUAUGAAAUAAAAAAGAUUAACUAAAAGAAAAUAACUGACCUACGGAAAAAAUUGUAGGUUAAGAGUUUUUGCAGGUUUCAUAAUUUAUGUCAUUUGCUCUAUCAUUUGGAGUUCGUUACUUAACAAAAACAAGAUCUGUAUAAGUUAACAAAAAAAGAUUAAUAGUCCUGAAUAAAAUUGAAUUUUUCAAAAAAGGCACAACAGAAAGUCACUCAUAUUAGAAGGUCGACCAAAAAAAAAGCGAGUCUCAAAGAUAAAACAGAAGGCUAUAUCCUUCUGUUCUGUGAGAGGGGGAGGGAAGAGGAGGGUUGGUACUGCUUCAAAAUACUUCAUAUUUUCAAACUACAUUCUAUUUUUAUGUGAUUUGCACGUGAAAAACUUAGUUUUGCAUAUUUUGGACUAUACUACGGUAGCAGCCAAAUAAUACUGUACACAUAAGUAAAGGCGACGUUUUCUCUUGCCACCGAUUCUUAGCGAAUUCUCUGGCCUAUACAUUUGGAAGGCGUCCUCCGAAAUUUUUUCCGUUAAAGUUUUGUGUUUCGAAUCCUCUACAGGCUGUACUUUGAACGGAGAUUUUAAACUCAUUUUUGGUGAAGAGAUCUGUAACUCUUCGCUUUCUACGGAUGAAAAAAUUGCAAACCUCUAUCGUUUUCUUAUGAAAAAGUUGUUCAAAAAAUGGUGGCAGAAAUGUUUUCUUUUUUUAGAAAUAAUAGAAUAUUUUUUUAUAAGAUCUAUCCAUCUGUUUAGAUUCGCCAUGAUCCAAUUCGUCGUCGUUGUGAAUUAAAAAAUUUACUACCGUGUAUUCGUCUAGUUUUAUUACCACCAUCAUUUUUACAGGAUGCCAAAUGUGAUGAAAUUUAUGGUGCUGAUGAUAUGAGAAAAUCUCAUGAAAUUAUAUCAUCUGCUUAUAAUAAAUUAAUGUCACAUGUUUACUACAAUCUGCCACCGAGACGACGACCAGUUAAACCAUUGGUCAUAUGUAGGUAG